CGGGCAUGUUACUGGAAAAUCAGUUCUUUACCAGAACUUUAUCUUGAUCCAUUCCCCCAUGCUGGCAAGCUGGAGAAGCAGCUGUCAUGGACUGUUGGCUGUGAUUAUGAGAUAAAUUCCAACGCAACUGAAGACCAGUGUGGAGUGUGCCUGGGAGACGGCUCUGCUUGUCGUACAGUGAAGAUGAUGUUUAAUCAAAGAGAAGGAUUUGGUUAUGUUGAUAUUGGGCUAAUUCCAAAAGGUGCAAGGGGAAUCAAAGUCAUGGAAGUUGCAGAAGCAGGAAAUUUCCUUGCUGUGCGAAGCAAAGACCCAGAAAAAUACUACCUGAAUGGAGGCUUUAUCAUCCAGUGGAAUGGUGAAUACAAAGUGGCAGGCACAGUAUUUCAGUAUGACAGAACAGGGGAUCUAGAAAAUCUGACUGCUCCAGGACCCACCAAUGAAUCAAUAUGGAUUCAGCUACUUUUUCAAGAAACUAACCCUGGAAUCAAGUAUGAAUAUACUGUACGUAAAGAAGAAAGUCAUGAAAAUGAGAUUGGAGAGCCAGAGUAUUUUUGGCAGUAUAGAGACUGGACAGCCUGCAGUGUUACCUGUGGAAGAGGGGUGCAGCGCCAGAUUGCCCACUGCAUGCGGAAGGGAAGUGGAGCGAUCAAAAACUCCUUCUGCGACCCAGCAACACAGCCAAAUGGGCGACAAAAGAAAUGCUACAAAAAGGACUGUCCACCCAG